AUGUCCGCUUCUGACAUACGAUCCCAUCUGUACUCUUCUCUGCUUGAGGCAAGGACAACGGACGUCGCCUUGCGCGUCAGAGGAUUCCUCGAGUCUUCUCAUGGCCCUAAUAGUGAUAGUCUUGCCAACGUUGACGUGGCUUUUGAUGACGCUAACAUCACUCGCUCAGCUCUCACUGGCAAUGUCUCCAGAAUCUGCAUAGCGCGACUGUAUGGGGGUGGCCCGCCAUUACAUAUCUCCCCCGAUAUUAUCCCUUCGACGACUCACCCAUUGACACCCUCAUUCCCCGAGGGUAUCAAAUUCGAUGAUACGCCACCAGGACAGCAACCAGCUACUCCAAGAUUUCUUCUUUCCCUUCUUGCGACUGCGAUCUAUUUAUCCAUCCCAACGGUUGCCUCCCAAGCACUUGAAUCCAUCCUCAAAAUUAUAGGUCCUCAUACAGUCAUGUCUUGCCUAAACUUCGCACUCGGAAAGCCCAUAGACACAUUUGAAUCUAGUGGACAACCAAGGGCGGCUGGGCUGGAGCAAGUUGCAGUCAUGGAGUAUAACGACGAUAAUCCCGGAGUCUCAAGUUUGGGACUAGAAACCGCACGCAUGGACACAGUCUACUGGAACUUGACGCAUCAUUACGGUGCUAUCUCCGAUAAAAUAGGCGAAGCAAGUGCCUGUUGGCUUGCUCGUUGGGCGAAGGACAUGCUCCGGUACGAGGAGGAUGUCGUGCCAAAGCUUGAUGAUACCCGCCCUUUACGGUUAAGGUCGCAAAUGUCGCCGUCCACCUUGCUUAUGAGCGACAAUAAUGUGACUUCCUCGAAUUCCGUCCAGCCUGCCCAUGUCGUAAUCUGGGCUCGUGGUGGUCUGAGCUCCGACUGGGUUUCAGCGCUUGUGUCAGCUGACACACUCUUCGUAAAGGGUGAACGUGAACAGUAUGAUUUUGCUUGCUCAGUGGUCGAACUGCGGAGGAGAGGUGGCAUCCUAGAAACGGAAGAGCAGGUGUGGAAUAAGAUGUUCGAACAAGGUAUAUAUUACGCUAACAUGACAACGGAAGACCUUAUGUCAAUAUCCCAGGAUAUUUCUCCCACCACGAACCGUCCGUACGUGUCGCUAUCAGUGCUACAAGCCGCACAUUGGAGUCAAUCCGUUCUCCGCCAUCAUAUUAUCUUUCGACCUAGCGUCAACGGGACCGCCCAAUCUUCAUCUCCUCCACUUAGCGAGAAUGAACUGGGGAUUACUCUGGCCACCGCCGAUAUCUUGGAUUCCAUAUCCAACUGCCAAACCAAUUCAUCUCACACAGGGAAUUCUGAAUUAGAGAGAUCGUAUUUCGCUGUACCCAGUGAUUCGUCCCUCAGAAUUGGAGACUUGAGGAUUGACAUCUCCGCCCCCGAGGAAGGAACUAGUAUCUCAAUGGAUGAUCUCUUUUCAUUUUCUCAAUCGCCUUCUGGACGUCGAUCUCCAGGGCAUAACGUGGUAGAUCAUCGCAUCAAGGUUUCUACCACGGAGUCUUCCUUCUUUGGCCUUGCAGUAUCAAGACAUUCUGCAUUGAUAUGCUGCCAAAGAGAUCCCACGGGCAAGUGUCGGUGGUCGCCCUUCCCGCCCUAUCGAUUUGCCGUCGAAUUUUGGGAUAUCGCUUGCUUGAAAGACAAAUGUCGUCUUUAUUCGCAUACCGUUUGGUACGGCGGCAGUCUUUUCAAUAUUUAUGUCCAAAUUUUACGGAAAAAAGAACAGCACCAUCGUCUCCGACUAUGUCAAGCGCCAAUGGUAAGAAUAAAGGACCUCCACACAACGGACCAUUCAUUCCCCUCUAUCUUCGUUCCCACCUCUCCCGUCCCCAGCCACCAUGCUCCAUUGAUACGGACGAUACCACAACAUUCUACUUCUGAUAGCACAACGGCACCGCCCUUCACGCCCUCUGUUUCUCCGGCGUCGUCAUGUACGUUGACUUCAGGGGGUUUGGUUAUACCAUCGACAUCGACGCCCUUGACGCCUCCGCAACCGUUUCGUGAUCACCGACCGUCGGUAGCCGCAUAUUUCUCAGUCAGCUGCGCCAGCGCGACUAGGUCCUCGCAAACGAGGUUCACGAGUUCUCCAGAUGUAUUUGCGGUCAAUAAGAGUUGGGGAUGGAAAUCCAGCUCUCUACGGAUGGAAGAGUACAUGGAGGUUGGUGAUUUGGGGCCUCGGAGUAAAGAGGUCAGCCUGCGUGCUACAGUGCUACUAGGCCUCGUUUAG